AUGUUGAACCCAACAGGAUCGAAGGAAAUCCACGAUCUGGGUUACCAGCUUCGUACAAGGUAUCCAGAUCUGUACCAAGAUGGGGACGAGUUCAUUGUGUGGGCCAACAACUAUACCCGAGUUCUCCAGACCGCGAAGACAUUCGUCCAGGGGUUUCUUGGCUUCAAUGCUGCGGCUAAUGGAAGUGUCAUUUCAGUCACCAGUAAAGGCUUUCCUGAAGCCAUCGGUGACACCUUGGCCCCUUCAGAUAUGUGCCCGAACUUCAGCGAUGCUUCAGGGGGCACGAACAAGACGACCUGGGACGGCCUUUACAUCCCUCCAAUCCAGGAACGUUUGCAAUCUUUAAUUGAGGGCAACCUGACCCUGACCGCAAGCGACAUUGACCAGAUUCCAUACCUUUGCGGCUUCGAAAGCCACAUCACUGGCAAGCUGUCACCGUGGUGUGAUGUCUUUACGGAUGAGGAGCUCAAGCAAUAUGAAUAUUCGAAUGACCUCCGAUACUAUUACGGAGUCGGACCUGGCACUGAUCUGCCGAAGAAGAUGAUGACGCCAUUCUUGAUCUCUCUUGUUGAUUUGUUUGCUCAAGGCCCCAACGUUACCGGUAAAAAGGCAGACGGGUCCAGUUUCGCAGUUCCAAAACUUCUCAUGUCUUUCCUCAACGACGGGCAGCUUACCGAACUGGUUACCAGCAGCGGAGUCUUCGAUGAGCAGCUGCCCCUCUCUUCUACCGAGAAGGACGACAACAGGCUAUGGAUCGGUUCACGAUACGUUACGAUGAGGGGCACCAUCGCAUUUGAGCGCCUGAACUGUAGGGUCUCGCCUGGAGGGGGCUCCGAUGGUUCCCACGGUUCAACGACGUACCCCAAUGCUACGGCCUCAGCGACAUCAACACGGAAGGGUUGCGGCCGAAAGCCUAGUACGACGCUUUCCACCUCGAUGCAACUUGGCAACUACUCGAGAACAACCAGCGGCUCCGCGGCGACUGUCACCGCGGGACCGACCUACUCCAAUUUCCAUCCGCGCCAGGAGUCGACUAACGCUACCUACGUGCGUAUUCGCCUCAACGAUGCAGUCUACCCCGUUCCGUCUUGCAAGAACGGCCCCGGUUCGUCGUGCCUCUUAAGUGACUACGUCAAGUACGUCCAAGAUAAAUAUGAGGCCGAAGGCGAUUGGCUGGUGAACUGCAAUGUCACAAGUGAGGGUGCGCCUACUAAAGUGAAAGGCGCGAGUUUCUUCACUGACUUGAGCAGCCCUUGGCUGCAGCGGGUUUCCCCUUACUAA